AUGAAACAUCUUGUUGAAGAGUACUCGGCACACCAUUUCCCAGGUGGUAUGAAAAGUUUGCAUGCAUUGGAAGGGGAUUCUAUCCGCUGGCUGUCCGAUUUGAAAAAAGAAGUGUAAGCGCUUAUUAGUCAUUAUAUUUGUCUUGUUAUUGUUAACUAUAAUUGUAAAAUUUAAAAUUGUUGUCACCUAAAUUUUUAGUUUAUAUAUGUUAAUUUCUGUUAUAUAUUGUGUUACUACUUGGAUAUUGCCAUACGAAUAUAUAUAUAUUCAAUUCUUAGUAUGAAUAUCUGAAGCUUGAGUAGACAUUUUGAUGAACUUAUUGUAUACUUUUAUGUUCUUGUUAUACUAUUUGCCUAUUAAUAUUUAUAGUUUUUGUAUCCUUUAUUCUAUAUUAAAUUUACUGAAUUCCUACUUACAAUAGUGAUACAAAUAUUUGCUCAGUCCUUAAGUUGUAUUUUAUAGCAUCUAUUUAAUUUAGAUAAAUAUAUUGUGAAUUUUAAUGUUAUAUUAUUACAUCUGUAGAAGUUAAAGUAUCUUCCAUUCCCAGAUAUGGUUUUUAUAAUAUUACUACUAGUUACUCAAACCACAUAUUUUAUUUUGUUGUGUUGUACAAACUUCUUAUUUGUUUUUAAUGAUAUUAGUGAUUAUAAUAAUCAUUUUAUUUUUCAGAUCACUUCAAAACUGUGAACAAGCAGGUGAUGAAAUAAAUAUCCAAAUUAAAAAAGAAGUAGACAUCAUUGACGGUUAUAUUUUUGAAAGUCAGAUAAGCAUUGAAACAGAUCCAAUAGAAUCUAUUUUGUAUCAAGAUUUUGAUGUUGAACUAUACAUAUGUGAUUUUUGUAAGAAGUCAUUUCCUCAAAAAUCCCAAUUAAAAUCUCAUUUAAGAAUUCAUACAGUAAAAAAGCUUUAUGGAUGCAACAUUUGUAAGAAGACAUUUUCUUACAAAACCUCUUUAAAAAACCAUAUAAGAAUUCAUACUGGAGAAAAUCCUUAUAAAUGUGGAGAGUGUAAUAAGCCAUGUACUCAACUAAGCAAUUUAAAAGAACAUAUAAAGGUACAUACCGGAGAAAAGCCUAACAAAUGUAAUAUUUGUAAGAAGACAUUUGCUCUUAAAAUUAAUUUAAGAAUUCAUUUAAGAACUCAUACAGGAGAAAAGCCUUAUGUAUGUAAAAUUUGUAAAAAAACAUUUUCUUACAAAACUUCUUUAAAAAACCAUAUAAGAAUUCAUACUGGAGAAAAGCCGUAUAAAUGUGAAGAGUGUAAUAAGACAUUUACUCAAAUAAGCAAUUUAAAACAACAUAAAAAGGGACAUACCGGAGAGAAGCCUUAUGAAUGUAAUAUUUGUAAGAAGGCAUUUACUCUUAAAAAAAAUUUAGAAAUUCAUUUGAGAAUUCAUACUGGAGAAAACCCUUAUAGAUGUGGAGAGUGUAAUAAGACAUUUACUCAACUAGGCAAUUUUAAACAACAUAAAAGGGUACAUGCUGGAAAAAAGCCUUAUGAAUGUUAUAUUUGUAAGAAGACAUUUACUCUUAAAAAAAAUUUAGAAAUGCAUUUGAGAAUUCAUACAGGAGUAAAGCCUUAUGGUUGUACAAUUUGUAAGAAGACAUUUUCUUACAAAACCUCUUUAAAAUACCAUUUACAAAUUCAUAGUGGAGAAAAGCCUUAUGAAUGUAAUAUUUGUAAGAAGACAUUCAUACUUCAAAAUAAUUUAAGAGCUCAUUUAAGAAUUCAUACAGGAGAAAAGCCUUACAAUUGUAAUUUGUGUGAGAAGACAUUUUCUCAGUCAUCCUCUUUAUCGUACCAUCUAGAAACUCAUAUAGGAGAAAAGCCUUAUACAUGUGGAGAGUGUAAAAAGAAAUUUACUCAUUUAAAAACCUACAAAUAUCAUAAAAAACUUCAUACUGAAAAAAAUCCUUAAGAAUGUAAGAUGUUUUAGCUGAUAUUUUCUUAUAAUAUCUCUUAAAUAUUAUAUUAAAAUAAAUGUACAAAAUAAUUUAGGUGGGGGAAAAAUAUCAAUGUUACAUAUGUAGUGGAACAUUUUCUCAAAAGUACAAUAUGAUGGUAAAUGAAGAAGUAUUAACCGAUAUUUCAAAUGUUAUUAUUUGGUAUAUGGUAUAUUUGGUCACGGUAUAAAUGAAGCUGUGUUUUAAAAUUCAAACAUCUGACUAAGGUUGGCAACAAUAUACUGCGAUUUUGAUUCAUUACAUCUUGAUAAUUGGUUACCGAUAUAUAUUGUCAGUUAUGGUAUCUAUUUUCUCUUGAACUUUUUAAAGUCUAUGGAGAAAAAAUGGAAGAAGAAUUGGGUAGAUGAUAAAGUAUGUAAUCAACACUUAAUAUUAGAUCCUACCCAUUGAGUUUCUGGCUUUGGUCUCCCAAGAGCAGAAUGGAUGAUAAUCAACAAAGCGAGAACGGAGUAGGUUAAGUACACCAACCUUAUUCAUAAAUGGGGUAUGGUGGACUCCAGAUUGCAAUUGCGGUCAGGCAGAGAAAUUGAGACAUGUUGCAUAAGAAUGCCCAGUGUCAUAAUUAGGAAAUGGAUUUGAUGGACUCCAUAAAGCGGUAGUAGAAGUUUGAGAAUGACUAAGAUCCACACUUAUGAACUUAUGAAGAUUUAGACUCGCUUAAUUUAAUUGAUUAUCUAUCUAUUUUUUAUAAAUCUUAUCCAAAUGUUUGAUUUAGUUUUAACCUUACGUAUUGACAUAUCUAUCUACUUUUACUAUUAUACUAUUACUACUAUGAUAUUUCUGUUUCUGUAAAUAUUUAUUACUAUUAUAAAGUUAAUAAAUUAUAUUUUUUUUUUUUUUUUUUUUUAAAUACCCUGGGGCUUUAUUAUUUAAACGACCUGAUGGUCUUUAUAAAUAUGUUUAACAGGAUAUAUCUUACA